AUGUGGAAAGCGAAAAGCAGAGGUAGGAAUGAAAGCGGAAGUAAUGAUGAUACAAAUGAAUUUGAUACGAGACUUUCCCUGACUUUCAUUAUAAAUUUUAUAAAACAACUGAAUCGCACAAAGAGAUUAUUCAAAUGGGCUCUUAAAAACCAAGUUGCAAAUAAAGAAAAAGAUGCAAUUGAUAACUACAUAUUGGGUACAAAACACAGUUAG